ACUCAUUUUCUUCUUGGUUAUUUCUUGUUCUAUCUCAUUAUGGCAUUUCGCGAGGUUUUCUUCCUGUGUAUGCUGGUCUCGACCCUCUCCAUCACCCAGGCUUGCCAGUUUUCUCGAUCCUGCACUGAUAUCACCUUCGACAGGAAUUCGACCGUGAUGAGAGCCAUUUGCAGCACAUCCAAUAUGGAAAGGAGGAACGCCUCCAUCGAUGUGAACAAUUGCGUGGGCAGCAGCAAUGGUGUCCUCGACUGCUCAUCCAACUUUGCCUCACGAUGCAUCAACAUCAGCUUCAAUGGGCUCAACGUGGCUGCCCGUUGCAACCGCGGGGAUGGCGUUCUCGUCUCUUCCACUCGCAACCUCGACGAUUGCAUCCAGAACGUCGAGGGAGUUCUCCAGUGCUGCUAGAUCCUUUUGGAUGAUCAAACUAUAUCCAUAUGAUGAAAGAUGAAUAACUGAGUGAUCUCCCACAUGAUCUCUCCUUGUUUGGCACGUCUGAUCAAUAAAACUUACUCACGGAAGUUGUGGGGCUUUUAAGACAGACUGGAAAAUAUUACUUGUACAACUUUUUUUCAAU